AUGGGCAUUGGCGGCACGGUGUGGGCACUGGCGGCACGGCGCGGGCACUGGCGGCACGGGGCAGGCACUGGCGGCACGGGGCAGGCACUGGCGGCACGGCGCGGGCACUGGCGGCACGGGGCAGGCACUGGCGGCACGGGGCAGGCACUGGCGGCACGGGGCAGGCACUGGCGGCACGGCGCGGGCACUGGCGGCACGGCACGGGCACUGGCGGCACGGCACGGGCACUGGCGGCACGGAGCAGACACUGGCGGCACGGCGCGGGCACUGGCGGCACGGGGCAAGCACUGGCGGCACGGGGCAGGCACUGGCGGGCACGGCGCGGGCACUGGCGGCGGGGGGCAAGCACUGGCGGCACGGCGCGGGCACUGGCGGCACGGGGCAAGCACUGGCGGCACGGGGCAAGCACUGGCACGGCACGGCGUGGGCACUGGUGACACGGCGCGGGCACUGGCGGCACGGGGCAGGCACUGGCAGCACGGCACGGGCACUGGCGGCACGGCACGGGCACUGGCGGCACGGCACGGGCACUGGCGGCACGGAGCAGACACUGGCGGCACGGCACGGGCACUGGCGGCACGGAGCAGACACUGGCGGCACGGCACGGGCACUGGCGGCACGGAGCAGACACUGGCGGCACGGAGCAGACACUGGCGGCACGGCGCGGGCACUGGUGGCACGGAGCAGACACUGGCGGCACGGCGCAGACACUGGCGGCACGGCGCGGGCACUGGCGGCACGGCGCGGGCACUGGCGGCACGGCACGGGCACUGGCGGCACGGGUCAGGCACUGGCGGCACGGCACGGGCACUGGCGACACGCUACUCAUAG